CUUUCUUAAGCUAAUUAAGCUAGUAGUACUAGUUCUCUAUCUUUUAUGGUGAAGAUGGGAAUAACUAAGAGAAGAUCUCAUGGACUUCUUGCUAGUGCUAAUCUCUUUCUGGUGAUGAUAAUCUCCAUAUUUAUCUGUACCGAUAAGGCAUCAGCAACAAACUGGAAAGAUGUAUGUACCCUUGGGGAUACAUACAUAGAGAGGGACAUCAUAUUGGGAACUGGUUCCAAUCCUUACACUUGCGAUUACUGCAUAGCUUGGUGCAGAACUCAAUGUUCGAACUUUGGAACUACGGCACUCAAAAAUCCGUGCAAGUAUAAUACACCAACUACCCCGGUGAAUUGUCAGUGUUGCUGCAGCAAACGACCAUCCACAUCACCACAACUUCCACCUACUCCUCCAUCUGUUGGCCAAUUUACUGGUGGAGAUAUUACCGAUAUAUGUACGUUCGCACCCCAACAAACGUACCUACAGAUUAACCAUGCACAAGGCACAGAUUGUGUUAUGAGUCCUCAAUGUGAGAACAAAUGCCAGGAAUCAGGUCUUUUAAGUGCAGGGUCACAGUGCGUGGGAACCUUAAUAUCUGGUGCAACCUCCCCAGUAUAUGGUGGUACGUACACUUGGAUCGAGCAGUGUUGCUGCCGAACCCCACCACCACCACCUCCAUCCCCACCAACUCCAUCCCCACCCCCACCAUCUCCAUCCCCACCACCACCGUCCCCACCUCCAUCCCCAUCGCCACCAUCCCCAUCCCCACCACCACCGUCACCACCUCCAUCCCCACCUCCACCAUCUCCAUCACCAACACCACCUCCGUCCCCACCAACACCUCCAUGUCCAUCCCCACCCUCACCAGGAGCUUGCCGUGGAUGCUGUAACUCGAACAUCGAUAUCCAGAUCUCGGUAAAAUCAGGUUGCAAUGUCAAACUAUCAACACCGUCAUCAUUGUCUGCUAGCCUCUAAUAUCCAUCACGUCUAGUUGUCACACAUGUUUAUCUCCCUGCUAGCUACAACAAUAAGAUGUAAAAAUACAUCAAUUUCAAAGUUUUCUGUUAGCAAGAUCUUAUGACUUGCGAGUAGUAUUAAUUUAAUCUAAAAUAGGAGUUAAAGGUUUAAAA